AUGUUGAUCCAGGUGCUGUGUGUGCUGGGUCUGGUGGUCGUGUCCACUAGCAAUGCCUCGAAUGAUGGCCAUAUUUUGGACAAGAUUGGUCAAUUCGCUCAAGAGUAUGACGAUUUCUUCCUGACAGGCAGGAAGAGCGUGAAGCUCGAAGAGGCCUUGAACCUCAUCAGUCUGCGCACCAUGUGGAAAGGAGCUUCCCCAAAGUUUGACCCGUCGUUUUUAGAUUUGAUCUCGCCAGAAGAACGAGAGCCAAUUACUUGUCUCAUUUGCGACACCCUAGUGAACCAGGUACUUGGCUGGAUUGAAGCGGGAGAAACGCGAGAGCAAUUGGUCGAAAGAGCAGUCACCAUUUGCCUGGAUCUGAACAUCCAAAAGGAGAAUGUGUGCCGCGGCUUGAUCGAGAGCAAUAUCGACAUUGUCCUUUUCAUUGUUGCAAAUCGCGAAGUCAGAGCUGCCGAUAUCUGCGGGAUGGCUAUGUUCCCCUCUUGUCCUUUGGACAAUCCGGCCUUCAACUGGACAGUAGAUAUCUCUUCAGCUGGCCCCAAACCACCGAUCACGAUUCCAGAACUCCCGCCAGUAGGUUCACCGACCUUCAAGGUGCUGCACAUCAGCGACCUUCACCUGGACCUGUUCUACGCGCCUGGCUCCAACGCCGAAUGCGACGAGCCAACCUGCUGCAGGGCUGACCAAGGUCUGCCGGCCAACGAGAGUGCAGCCUCUGGCUACUGGGGUGACUAUAGGGACUGUGACACGCCAUGGCACUCAUUUGUCAACAUGCUCGAGCACAUCAGGGACACCCAUCCGGACAUAAGCUAUGUCAUUUUCACUGGGGACACGCCUGAUCACGUCGUGUGGCAAACUUCCGUAGAGUACAACACUGAGCUAUUCACCAGCGCCUUCAGAGAGAUGGCCAGAGUCUUUAGCGUACCAGUUUACCCGAUUUUUGGCAACCACGAGCCCCAUCCUCUAAAUCAGUUUGUUGAGCAAGAUAUUUCCAUCCCAGAUAAUGUUUCUAGUAGAUGGCUUUAUGAAACGGCCAGAGACUCGUGGUCGCAAUGGCUACCUCCUGACACGCACAACGACAUCCUUAGUGGAGGAUUUUACGCUACGCAGGCUAGUGACGAGCUCUGGAUCAUUGGAAUUAACAACAAUUUUUGCUAUAACUACAACUUCUGGACUUUGUACGAAAAUGAAGACCCUGGCGGUCAACUGAAGUGGCUGGCCAACUUGCUUACCGCGCUUGAGUCGCAAGGACGAAAGGCCCAUAUAUUGGGACACAUUCCCCCUGGAGGAGGAAGUUGUGUCAACACCUGGGGAAAGGAGUUCAAAAAGAUUUUAGACAGAUUCGAAAGCACAGUGACCGCCCAGUUCAACGGCCACAGCCACAGCGAUCAAUUCUUUGUCUAUUACGACCCUGAGGACCUUUCUAGACCAAGUGGAGUUGCUUUCCUCUCAGGCAGCAUGACCCCCUAUAGCGAUAAAAACCCUGAAUACCGUGUAUACACAAUCGAGGGACCGUACCCUGGCAGUCAAUAUCGGGUUUUGGACCACGAAAAUUGGUAUUACAAUUUGACCGAAGCGAAUGAAAAUGGACCAGAUGUGCUGCCAAAUUGGCGCAAACUGUACACCUUUAAUGAAGAGUUUGGUACCAAGGCAUUGAAUCCAACAGAGCUUGAUUUACUGAUACAACGAAUGAUCAGCGACCCCACCCUGAUAGAAAAAUAUCACCGAUUCCACGCGUCAAUGGCUGACCCAAGCUUAGGUGUUUGUGAUGAAGCUUGCCAACGAGGAUAUAUUUGCAGGAUGGUCGAAACGUUGGAGGGUGACUUGAGGAAAUGCGAGGAAUUAUGGCCGCCGCAAUAAUAUCAUGUAUAACUGUUUUGGCAAUUAAAAAAUUGAUUACCUGCAUCAUGUGCAAAAAUAAUAA